AUCUCCGACUGCCGUAAAAGAUUGCACAUAGCCCUAAAGAAUCAUUUCCAAUGGCGGAUUUUGAAAAUCGAGGUUACCGCUUGCUUGGAAGGUUCAUAGUUUCUUGACUUAAAUGAACUAAAGAGUGUUUUGAGUGGUCAGUUAUAGCGCAAUAUGACGUCGAAGGAAUAUCCGCCGAGAGUGGUAAGUUGAAGUUGUUUAUAAUUUCCAACUGGGAAGCGGCCAGAACUUUGAAGUCAUUCUCCGGUUCGUACGCCGGGAAUGAGAGAUAGGGAGUUGACUUGCUCUGAAAGAGCCCUAACUACUGUUUUAAGUGUCUCUGAUCUUCUAUUUCUUUAUUAAAUUCGAAGAAUAUUACCAUAAAGAUCCGAUAAAAUCUCCCGAACCAGUGAUAUUGUUGAACCGUACUCCUAGUAUUUCUGUAUGUUCCGUGAUAGUGUGCUCUUUUGAAACCGACAGAUGUUCAUUUCAUUUCUUAAUUUCAGGCCUCUGAAGUUGCCGUAGAUCCUCAUGCACUGGACGUUUUUCAUGCGCAGAUUGAAGAUGUUGAAAUUCAAGGUAAUAUUCUCUUGGCAGCACCGAGAUGGGUCAAUUUGGAUUUAUGAAUAAUCAUCGCGAAGACAUAAUUUCGUCGUCGAAAAAUAUUGAUCAGAUUGCCAGUACGGAACGCUUCCAAGUUAUUAAGUGCUCAAGAUUGUUUUAGAAGCCUUUCUUUCUAUAAAAAUCUCAUUAAAAUUUUGGCAGAUAUGAGCUUAGGGGAUUAUUUUUGUCUUGCAGAAUGCGAAUUUUUAAAGCUAAUACAGUAGCAACAGGACGAAGAAAGAAAUGUUCGAUAUUGGCUUCUUGAGAACUACGCAAACAAUUACAAAUGACGCGGUUAUGUUUAGUAUUGUUUCGUAUAUUACAGAAUAUUUCAAAUCAUAGGAAAUCGCGAUUCAUUUCACAACAUCACUCCAUGGAGACAUUUAUUUCGUCGCGUCUUGACAACUACGAGACUAGCGAUAUUGAAAGCGACUGCCUGUUCCUUAAUUGAUCGAAGACACGAUUUUUGUCCUCUGCAUCGUUGUAUAAAUUAUAUUUUGAUCUAACGUUGCGAAGGCAAGUCUCGGACAAUUGCGGUAUUUUCUACUUAAGCAUUGACUUACUACCGGCUCUAUGAGUAUCGCGAGACUCCACCAGGUGGCUGGCUCAAUAUCGAUUACCUCCGGGAAACAAAACUUUCGUAGAUUCGUGACGUCAGUGUCUUACCGAAUCCGGCAGAAGUUUAUCAAAUUAGGAGAUAUGCUAUAUCAGAAUGCGUCUUUGUUCUGUUUGUAAAAUUGUACCGCAAUGCUCAUUCUAUUUAAUUAGUGUCGUUUUGAGCGUUUAUUUAUCCUGUGGUUGCUCUAUGAUUGCUCUCCAAUAUUUCAUAUUGACACUUUGAUUGGAGUACUUCUUCAGUUUAUGGUUCUUUUUACAAAUUGAGGGAUAUAGCGCUUAGAUAAAUCGGAGUAAGUCUUUCGUAUAUCACUCUUACGGCUUUACAAAUCUUACUUCGUUCUACCCUAGGAAUUUUUUUUUCUUUCAAAAGCAAUCAAAACCCGAUAAAGUAAAAAAAUAAUGAUAAAUUAUAAAGAAAUGGAUUUCAUUAAAGCAAAGACAUUUCAAAAUCCCAAAGUUGACCAGUGAAGGAGCCUUUACUACCUCCCAUGGGAAGGAAAAUUAUUUGAGCUCGCGCCCAUUUUAAUGAAUCUACAACAUUUAUCGUCAUGUAAAUGACACUAGGAAAAUGGGAAAACAAAAAAUUAUCUUCUGUGCUCAUAAACAUGUUUGUAUGAUAUAAUUGUAUAGGUGGACAUAUCUGGAUGAGUUUCAAAGGGAUAAUUGACAGUCUGAGAAAACUCUUUCAGUCUUUAAUCUGGUGAUCGACAAUUUGUUCCCUUCCUUACGCGUGACAUUAUUGAAGGCCUUUAGGGUUAUUUCACCUGUUUUCCUUUUCUUCCAUAAAAUGAUAGAAAGUUUACUUCUUAAAUUAAAAAUUCCUUCUUUCCUCAAACUUCUGAAAUUGAUGGGGUCGAAGGUAAAUGCUUUCGUCCCAUGCCACCUGCGUAAGGAACGCGAAUAUACCAUCGCCAUUUGAUGUUCACGUGCAAGAGCUUUGACAAUGGUACGGUUUCGCUUGAAUACUCACUCAGUGAAAACAAUAAAACUUUUCAAUCUUCUUUAUGUAAUUUUUGACCGCAUCAGUAACUUUCGCAACAAAUUUUCCGUUUAAAACUUUGCAAAAUUUAUAAUUAUUUGCAAGUGCAAAUAAGAUAUAAACACUUGACGCAAAUAUCACACGACUAGCCCCAGUCUUCCUGAGCUCUGGAUAAAAACGCGACGCGCACGUAAUCGAGGUCCAAACAGAAAAAGUGUGAGGGCCGUCGAAUCAUGGAGAUCCGGCAACCGGUGAAUAGCCAAGAACUUUUUUUGUGAUCACCCAUUUUGGGUAGAAAUUAUAACUUUCGUUCUUUCUCCUAGAGCUACGAUAGUAUUCCCGGACCCGUUGACGCUGGGGUAUCCAGUAGGAAUGGCUACUUUGGAGAGCUCGACUAUCAAAGUACGCGCGGAUAAUCGAAUUUUUUGCCGGAAACGCUCACGCUAGCCGCGUACAGAAAUUUUUGCAAUUUUUACCGUGAAGAGUACUAUUUUUACUUUUUGAUCGUACAUCUUAAUAUGGUGAUUUUUAUUACAGAUCAUCGUCAGGUGUAUGUUGGAGUUCAUAUUCCUCUUCGACAAAGGAAACAUCACCACCAUCAGCGGCAUCAUCACCACCGUCGCAGGCACAGGUCCCUACUGGAAUCCAAAGAUGAACUCUCAUCAGGUUAGAAUUUGUUUUUGUUUUAAGCUGCUUGUACUAUAUUACGUAUUGUAACAUUUGCCCGAAUUUUUUUUUAUUUGUCGAAGGAUCGCUCACUCUUUUGUGUUUGAACGAGGGUAGGAAAGAAAAGCGAAAACCUUUAUAACGAGUAGUGUUUAUAUCAUAUAAGCGCGUGAAUGCUUAUUUUCCUCUGAAGGUGCGAAUAAAAUAUUAUUCAGAGAAAUUUGUAGUAGCAUUACAAAAAGCUUUGCUUGUUUUCUAUAGAAAAUUUUUAUUAUCAUCCUCGUGUCACGAGCUUUAGGGCUGUUGUUAUUUUUACUUUGGCAACUUGUAGUAAUCAAUCGAAAAUUACGCAACGAUCGAUAAGCCAAAGAAUUAUUAAGGUUUCAUAUUCCGUGAGAGCUGGUAAUGAUUGUCAGUCCAAAAUUGCACGAAUUCGUGCCGUGAACCCAGCGUGCAAACUCAUAUUGUAAUUUUUCUCUAGCUUAUAAUAUCGAUCUUUUUUUUGCGACGAUUUUGCUAUCAACUCAAGUUCCAUUAAGUGAGGCAUGCGUUUCAAUAUAUGUACCAGUUUAUAUACGAUUCACUCUGGUCAAGUAGUGGUCCUAUUUCGUAGUAUUUUAAAGAGCAGUUAAAAACCAAAUACUGAUGAUUAAUGUUGUCUGUAUUGAAGUCUCUAUUCACUAAUAUCACUGCAUCGAAAGCUAGAGAAUUGUGCAUGUGUAUUUUUGAAACCCAGGGGAACAAAUUUAUUCCUUCAGUUCAAUGUUGUUACAGUAUGUGUGUUCAAAUUUGAUAUUCAGAAAUCCUUUAUUUCUCAGCGAAUUUCGAAAAAAAUUUCCAUAUGGUAACUUAUUGAGGAAGUCUCUAGAAUGAUAAGUUUUCAAGAAAUAUGUCAGAACCUAAAAUUAUUUCGUGAACGUUACAGCACAAGUUUUGUGCGUUGUUCGACUCACAAAGCUUCUUGCUAACAUCAACUCUGUUUACAUCCUCAUUACCUAAUGCCAGGUUAUUUGUACAAUCCGUCUUUGUUAAAUAUUACUUGACCCUCAAAUUGUGAACUUCCAUUCACAGUAACAACUGUGCAGUGUAAUUUUUAAAUACUAUUUAUGCCCAAGCUGUGCAUGUACAGUGAUGUUUUUAAUAGUAGGAAGAUUUUGGUCAUAGGUUAAUUGACUGGAAUAAAUUAACACAUUGUUCUCUGUUAACAAUUAACCACAUCUCAAAUACUCACAAUUACUCCUGUGUUAAUUGAAUAUUCGGUCCCUGUAGUCCUAUUUCUGACUGUUCAUUCUAAGUCUCAUCCUGUCAGCAAUAUUUAGCUUGAAUUUGUUCAAACACACUUUCCACACACUUGUGUUUUGUUGUUUCAAAACCUCCACAUGGGGUUAAAUGAUGAUUUAGAUGAAGUGCUUACUUCAGUUGACAAAAACAAAGAUUUUGUUUAACCUAUAAUAAAGAUCAGCCAUUCUUAAACAGAAAUUUAUUUCAAUGAAUUUCCAUUCUCAUUGAACUGCUGCUCUAAACAGGUUCUCUACAAUGCUUAAUGUGUUAUUCUUUCUAAUGGAACAAUCUUGUGAUAUAAGCUUGUAGCAAAUUUGAAUUCUUGAUCUUAGUCUAAGUCAUUGAUAUUCAGAGAAAAAGAGCACAAUUAAUGUUUUUGCACACACAGCUGUUAUUCCUAAGAUAAGAACCUGAUCUCACUCUCCACGUCCAGGGUCCCCCUUUUCAGGCAGUAAUGAGUAAAAUGUUUAUCACAUCUAGUACCUCUUAUCACAGCUUAAUACAAAAUCGCUAGGAAUUCUUGAAAAUUUAACAGGCAAAUGGAUAACUCUACUGGUUUGAAAAUUUAUUUUACCAGCUGUGUUCAAAAUAAAGGAUAACACUGUACAAAGGACAUACAAAAAGCAUACCAAGCUGAAAUAAAUGCUUUCAGACAGGAUAUAACAGCCGUAAACAAACAUGAACAUUAUCAUGACAUUAUUGUCUCAUUAGCUAGACCUAUUUUUCCCUCGCCAAACAGAGUAUUGUUAUGGAUGUGAGCAAUGGUAUAAUGCUCUAUUAUGUGCCCAUUGUGACUUGCUGGUCAAAGAGAGUUAAUCGCAUAAGUGCACUGAUUUAAAAACCUUUGUCUGGAACUGAGCAAAGAAUUCAACAGGUAUUCAAGAUCAGACAAUUGUUUGGCUACUAUGCAGAUUUCUCAAGCUAAGUCUUAAGGGUUUGAGCUAUUUUUCCUUCAGAGGCAGAGAAUGUUUUUCUUGUACUUCACACUACUCUCUUUUCACAACUUUUCCUAAUGAAAACCCCAAAAGCUCCCAAGAGAAAUUGGUGUUAAAAUGUUGCUUGUCUGAAGUAUUGAUGAAGUAAAAGCAGGAAAAUCUAUAAUUAUUUGCAACAGCUGACUGAACAGGGUUUGAUAGUUUCACAUUGAAGGUACUUCAACUUAAUUCCACAGAUCAUGGAUUUAUUAGCUAUUGUUGUAAGUGAAAAUCACUCAUGGCACAGAAUAUUGGCAUGAUAUUUGGCCUGACAAGUAUUACUAAACCUCAAUUCACUGAUAUUCUGAAAGAACCAGUUUCAAUUUGUUGACACCAAAGCUUAGUAAAGGGGUGUUGUUUUGAGUAGCAUCCAGCAUUGAUUUCUAAACAUCUAGAGUGGACAAGAACAUUGGUCAUAGAUACACACACACAGCCCCAUUAUGUUAACUCUUUCAUUCCCAAGAUCUCACAAGUAAUUCUAUUUACUUUCUGCCAUACGAUUCUUAUGAUAUUAGUUUAGAGAACUUGGUGUUGGAUCAGCCAAUAGUCUGCUAAUUGUUAUUUUUCCUUAUUCUCAUUCUUGAUAUUGUAUUGAUAUUGUAUGGAGAAAUUCUGUUACAGUCACUCACCACAGUUAAAGGGUUAAGUUACCCUAGUGAUCCUACAGGGUCACCCAAAAUGAUUGGGAGUAAUAAUUUAUUAUUUUAGCCUCUGAAAAGGUGGAAUAAGCUUUGCAGUAUCCAGUUGUGAAUUCUCCCCCAACCAAGCUUUUUGUAAUUUAGAAAACUAGACAGUAGCUGAAAUAUUUCAUUCAUCAAUCCUCUUCUCCUAUACAAUUCAGCAUGAACAAAUUCUGCUUGUUUUUAGAUGCAGGGACACCAUCAUUGCCAACAGACAAAGUGCGCUUCAUUCUUGGUGGAGAAGAAGCUGACCAAGAGCAACACAAAAUGUUCACAGAAUUGCUGGAAUACCAGGGUGAUAAAGAGGGGAAUGAGGAGUGGAGGGAAAUGGCUCGGUGGUUGAAAUUUGAGGAGGAUGUGGAAGAAGGAGGAAAUCGUUGGAGUAAGCCGCAUGUCGGUACCCUUUCACUGUACAGUCUGUUUGAGUUGAGAAGUGCACUUUUGCGUGGAACAGUACUUUUGGACAUGAAUGCAAAUAAUUUAUCUCAAAUUGCUGGUAAGUGUCUCCUCAGAGCUUUUAAACAACUAAAACAUGUACUCUAGUUAAUUGUAAAGAAUGUGUUUCUUUCAUGUCAAGCCAUUCCAAAUAAGGACAGAGAAAAUCAUCAGGUUAACAUUCGUGAAGAAUGCAUGUAUGUGUCAUUAAAAUUCACCAUGAUUCACCAGGAGUUUGGUUCAGCUAUUUAACAAGGAUGUGCAGUCAUUAAGUGUUUACUGUACUUCAUUAAAUCAUUUUUAUUAAGUACUGUAAACACUCUUGUGAAAUUAAACAAUCUUUUUCUUUUCAGAUCUUGUCCUUGAUGAUCUGGUGAAUAAAAAUCAAUUGGAUCAGGACAACAGGCAGCAAGUACGUGAUGCAAUCUUAAAGAAGAAGCGUCAUCAGGGAAACAAAACAACAAAGAAGAAGAACUCCAACCCAAUCAGUAGCUUUGGAUCAUUUGCAAAGAAAGGCUCAUCUGCAGGCUUUGGUGACAUGUUCAAAAGAUCUGAUUCAUCCCAUAAGACAACUGCUCCAAAGAAUUUAGAGGUGGUGAACGAGGAAGACAAAUAUGAUGGAGAGUUCCCACAUUUACCAUCAGCUGCAGACUUGGUGGGAAAAGGGAAAGAGAGUGGUGUUAAUGGUGAUGCAGGUCUUAACAAGAUAGACUCCGAGACUUGCUUAGAAGCGGUUGGUUUACCCUUUUUUCUUAGCUGUUACACUCAAAAACCAUGAAAAGCCAUAUUUUUUAUUCUGAUGGCAAGUCUGCCCGAUAUUGUAUUUUUUUUCACCUGAAAGAUUCCUUCCUUGCUCAGAAGUGGUUUAGUUUAACUUUUUUCUUACCUGUUCCAGAUAUUUGAAAUUCUUAUAAGCUACAUUUAUUGAAAAAUGUGAUGUCAAGUCUGUAAAAGGUCAAGGGUCAACCACCACACUGUCCAUGUGGACUGUUUAGCUUCAUGUACCUAUAAAAAUAAUUAUAAAGAAAACUUUUCUAGGUGAAGUAACUAAGGUCAUCAUGCUAUGAUCCUUCAAUGCUUUGUUGUUUUGAAACCAAAAAGAGUUGAAACACUAAGCCUUUUACUCCCAAGAUUUCAUUUGUAAUUCUCCAAACUAGUUGAAUACCAUUCUUAUAAUGUUAGUGGGGAGAAAUUGGUAUUGGAUCAAUUAAUAAUCCCCUAAUUGCUAUUUUUCUUCAUUCUUAUCAAUUUUCUGCUUGAUUUUGUAUUGAUAUUGUAAGGAGAAAUUUUGUCUUGGUCAUUUAUGGUGGUAAAAGGGAAUUAAGCAACACUCUGGUUGUGUUGAUCCACAUGCACUCACCUAUUAAGUGUUGAGUUUCUAUCAUCAAGAUAAUCAGAAAAUUUCCCUUCCAGUUUGAUGCCAACUUUAUGAAGAAGAUUCCCCAGGGUGCUGAGGCUUCCAAUGUCUUAGUUGGUGAGAUGGAUGUCAUAAAGAAGCCAGUGACAGCAUUUGUACGUCUGGAGAAUGCAUCACUUUUAGGUGACCUCACUGAAGUUCCAGUGGCAUCGAGGUUUAUAUUUCUCAUGUUAGGACCACCUGGUACACCAGGAAGGUACAUGGAAGUUGGACGUGCUAUUGGGACAUUGAUGUCAGAUGAGGUAAUGUUGUCCAUCUCUAAAGCUGGACUAACUAAUUAACCCUUUACACCCUGACAUCAGCAUGUAUAUUCUCCAUGCUGUUCUUUAUACAUUUCCUAUGGUAAUGACAAGGAGAAUUUAUGUGAAUGAAAGUGAUCCUCACAGUAAUGUGCACUACUUGGGCAGUAGUGAAAACCAAUUAAGGAGAAUUUAGUGAAAAAUCAAAAGCUUUUCAAGUUUAUGAUCAUUUCCUCAUUUCUCAAGAGUCUAAGGUUUGGUUCAGAAGCGAAACCUUAAUGAGAAAUUACAUACUAAUCACCCCAAAAGAUUAAAGGGUUUAAAAAAUGCCAAACUUGGUUUAAAUUCCUGUUGUGAGUGUUUCUAACUUGAGAUACCUCGCUUUCUCAGCCCUGUAAUAGUGCAAAAUGUGUAUCCAUACAUUAUUGCCUGUGAUACUAAAUCCAACCUGAAACUACACAUUUUUAAGACAUUGGUUAAUUAAAUGAGGAAAAACAUGGCUUUGUAUUUUAUCUGAUGGAAUUCAAAUUUGGGUAAUUUGAUUUGAGUGCACAGACAUGUUAUAGCUCAAAAUGAAUCCAGGUGCGAGUGGAUUAUAUUUAGUUUGAUUCAAAUUUUUAUUUUUUCUAGAUACAUAACCAUAGUUCUUAAAUAAGGAAAAGUGAAAUUGAAACAAUUUUGAAAUAAUUUUAACCUGAUUAAUUGAAAUAAGCAUUUUUUAUUUCAAUUUUAACCUCUUUGUUUAUUUUGUAGAUUUUUCACGAAGUAGCCUACAAAGCACAUUGCCGCGAGGAUUUGUUGGCUGGAAUUGAUGAGUUUUUAAUGCAGGUAAUUUAACAACAAUAUUUCAUCAUCCAAUUGCUGUUAGUAGUUAGUCAUGAGUUUUUCCCAAUCCUCCCUGUCUUGUAGUGCUCUUUUACCUUGAUACCUCCUCUGGCAUUUGGUUGGUAUUCCUCUCUGAUUAGACCAGCCAUAUACUGAUGGAAUAUUAUUAGCUUUGGAUUAACAGUCUUGUCAUUGUUGGGGGUAUGGUGGAAAAGGUAGCUUAUUGAACAAUUUGAUCCCUAGUUUCUUAAAAAAUGCUUAAGGAGGAAUGGAUAUGAAUUGAUAUUUAAAUUUGGUGAUCUUAUCUUAUUUCAUUCUGACUGUGUGGAUAAAAUGGAGCAAACAACAUAGUUGUUAUAUCUCUAAUUCCUUGCACAGUCUAACAUCACUUGUCUCAAUAGCAAACAUCUUGAAAAAAUUUUAGUGUGUCUGUAUGUGUUAAUAUAGGCAUUGUCACAAUUGAUGCCCAUAAAUAUAAAUUAAUGCCAUUUGCCAUGCUUCUCUUGGUUAUAGUCUUGUUCACUGUGUCAAUAAUUUAUGUCACCUUACAUUUGACCCAACCAUCACAACUCUAAGGAAACUCUUAUCCUUUCAUUUCAUAUCUUAGAGAAUACUUUUUUAUUUUGUGAUUUCAGGUGACAGUGUUGCCACCUGGUGAAUGGGAUCCAUCCAUCCGCAUUGAGCCCCCAGAUGCUGUUCCAUGCCAGGGAAACCGUCUUGAGACUGUGAAGUCUGGAGGUGGUGGAGAAGUGGAAGAACAUGAUCCUGCAGGAGACAGAGAGGAACAACUUCAGAAAACAGGAAGGUAGGGAGAUAAUGACUGGUACAAAAAACAAUGUAGAGAAUUUGAUACAUCAUGUUUUGCCUGACAGUUGGGUGAUUAGACUGUAAAAAAAAAGGAUCUAAAACCCAAUUGAAGGUUAAACCUCUAAAUCCCAAGACUAAAAUAUCAGCUAAAAGAAUUAAGCCUCAAAUGAACCAAACUUUCCAAUCAGAUCUGAUUGGGUAGUUUCUUAGAGUGUUUUCCUAGUUUUUUUUUUUUUGCAAUAACUGGGAGUCAUUCUUUAUUUCUCUGACAGGUUAUGUGGUGGUCUUAUAGCUGACAUUAGACGUCGUGCUCCUUGGUACUGGAGUGAUUUUAAAGAUGCCCUCAACCCUCAAUGCAUCGCAUCAAUCAUCUUUAUUUACUUUGCUUGUCUCACACCAAUUAUUACAUUUGGGGGUUUAAUGGGCACAAAGACAGGGAAGAACAUGGUAAGAUGUGACUGAUAAUGCACCUGUUUUACUGCUAUAUGUUCCUUUUUGGUUGCUACUGCAAAGCAUUUUGGUAUGAAACAUGGUCAAUUUUGCUCAUUUUCAUCAUUAUUUGAAAAAAAUAUAGUUGCUGAUUGCUGUUGUUUAACAAAAAUGAAAUAAAAUAAGCUUACUAUUGCUAUUGAAUAAAAAUGCUGUAGGUUACCUUUCUUUAAAUGCUAUAUAUGUAAUGUCUGGGAACAAACUAGUUUGCCUCAGCAGCUCAACAUUUUCUGUUUCAGUUGAUUUUUCCUUCUGUUUUACACAUUUUUUCCUCUUAGCUACAUAUACAUAUUAUUUCUCUCCAAAGCUCUAAAUAGGCAUGUUUCCAAUUUCUUGCCUUCAGGAAUUGUCCAGGUAACCUAUCCUAAAUUCUCUCUCCUCUUACUACCUCUCCUAAAUUUUUAGGCUGCCAUGGAGCAAAUUCUUGCUGGUGGAAUUGGUGGAGUCCUCUUCUCCGUAUUUGGUGGUCAACCACUUAUUAUUCUGGGUGCCACUGGGCCUAUGUUAGUGUUCGAAGAAAUUCUUUAUACAUUCUGUGAUAAAUUUGGCCUCGACUACAUGCCGUUCCGUUUAUGGAUUGGUAUAUGGACGAUGUUGUACUGUUUUAUCCUCGUGGUAACAGAUGCUAGUGCCCUUGUGCGAUACUUCACCCGUUUCACAGAAGAGUCAUUUGCUACUUUAAUUGCGUUGAUCUUCAUUGUUGAGGGCUUCAAGAAGUUGUUCCAUGUAUUGCAUGAUAGCCCAGUGACUAAAGGUUACAUAACUAAUCAUAGCUGUUUAUGUUAUCCGGGAGAGGAAGAUUCAUCAGAUCAUCACAUGACAGACAGCUCGUCUUUCUACAACAUAACACCCCUGAACUAUCCUAUAGGAGACUGUGCAAGGUAUGGUGGUCAGCUUGUGGGUGCGGCAUGCAAUGAUAAUGUGUUUUUCCUGUCUGUCAUCCUUUCUCUCGGAACCUUCUUCCUGGCAGUCUCGCUGAAGGAAUUCCGUAGCAGCAGUUAUUUCCCAACAAAGGUGAGUUUCAUUUCAUUUUAUGCUCCAGACUGUCCUACAGGUACAUGAGCAUCAACUUCCUAUAGGAAGACAAAGGCAAAACAUACACAUGUUUUGGCUGAAUCAAUCACUGCAUCAUAAGUGAUAAGAAUGCCCAAUAUCCUGUUAUUUUUUUUUUCUUGUCUCAGACUUUAGCAAAAUCUUGUCACAGUAAGGAUGAUGUUAGAUAUUUGCUCCAGAAAAUCAGGAUUUCAAAAAAAGCCAGUGACAGUUGGAGUUCUGCUGGCUACUUGAUAACAUGUCAGCAGUUACUAUGGUCAAAAUGAUUACCUUUUGGUCCUAAAUUAACUCUUCACAGUCACCCACUUUUUUUCAGUCUAAUGCCUACUUCAGAACAUUUUGAAACCCCCUGGAAAAUAGUUUAUCCUAUGCUUCCUGGCCAAGGAUGUGGUGUCUAAUUUUAAUAACCUAAAUUUUCAAUGUCUUUCCCAUAACAGGUCCGCUCAGUAAUCUCUGACUUUGCCAUCUUGAUAAGUAUCAUGGUUAUGGUUGGUGUGGACUUGGCAUUUGGUGUCAACACUCCUAAGCUUGACAUCCCAUUGAAAUUUGAGCCAACAAACAGUAAAGCCAGAGGAUGGAUAAUCCCACCUUUGGGUAAGAAUCCUGUGUGGACCAUCCCUGCCGCAGCAAUCCCAGCCUUACUAGCCACUAUCUUAGUUUUCAUGGAUCAGCAAAUUACAGCACUGAUUGUAAACAGACGAGAACACAAACUUAAGGUAUGAAGAUCUGUUUUCUGUGUAAGGCAUAAUGUACAGAGAUCUUUUUUAGUACCUGCUUAAAAAACAAUACUUAAUAACUUAAAAGGGUCGGUAAAAUUUUAAUAACACUGAUUAAUAAGAAGCUUCAACAUUUGCCCCCACAAAGCUGGAUUCAAUGGUCAGUUUUUUUGUUAGAGGCAAAAUCAGCAACUGAGACUUUCUACAUAUUGACCAACCUUUUAAUAACUAGACCUUGAAGACCUUUACUUUUGAGCCAUUCCCUCACAAAAAUUAACUCUUUGCCUAUGGAUACCUUCAUGUUUAAGGUAAAAUACUUGUAUUCUGCUGGAAAGAUUUGACACUUCUGGUUCAAUUUCCCCACUCCAGCUCGGCAAGGUUCAAAUACCCAUCCCCUGUGUUUUAGUCUAAGACCAAUGCUACCUUAUAGGAAUCCUAGCCCAAGGCCAAAAUAAGCCACAAAAACCUUGAAUUAGAUCUCAAACUCUAUGGGUUUUUUAAUUACAAUCUAAGCCUGAACACUUAAAAGCCUUAGGCAAAACAGAUCAACUUUUACCUAGCAUUCCACUUUACCUUUUAAACUGAAAUUACUUAGUACCAAGGUUAUGUUGCCAACAAUGGGUUAACAUUUUGGACCAAAAACUUAUCAGCAAUAAAUAUGUGCUUUCAAUUAGACUGGUAAUUAAACUCACAUUAUGUUAUUUCUCUUUACAGAAAGGAGCAGGUUAUCAUCUUGAUCUUCUACUUGUGGCUAUUAUCAUUGGUAUAUGUUCAUUGCUGGGUUUGCCCUGGGUAGUAGCAGCCACUGUUCUGUCAGUCGGUCAUGUGCAGAGUUUGUUUGUAGAAUCUCAGUGCACAGCUCCUGGAGAGAAAGCACAAUUUCUUGGUGUGAGGUAUGUUGGCUUGUCAUUAUGCAAAUACAUUACACUCUUGAACAUACCUUAGAGCAAAUGAAGUUACUUGAAAGGGGUGCAUUCAUUUGAAAUGGGUGCAUUCAUUUGCAAGGUGCCUGAAAGGUGUUGCAGUGAAUGACGGAAAGUAGAUCCACCAUGUUGCAAGAAAUUUUUGUAGACAUUUUAGUUUGCAGCUUUGCAGCUUACACAUACAUUGGAUAUACAUCUAGUGCUAAAUUUUCCAAUAUUUAAACAGCGUUUGCUACAUGUUGCAUUGAUCUAGAUACAUCAAACCCAUCAAAGAAUAGUAGUAAUAAAUAACAACAUGUAACACUCUAUGGAGAGAUUUUAGUAACUCCAGCUGUACAUUUGUUAUGUACCUAACAGGGAGCAACGUAUCACUGGCACAUUCAUUUUCAUCUUGAUUGGCCUGACUGUGUUUAUUGCUCCUAUACUUAAGGUUUGUGUUUCUUUGUAACUUCCCCUUAAAUUUAUGUUUAAGCUGUUUUUUGCAUGCAAUUUAAAGAAAAUUUUGUUUUAUUUGGCUUUUGUAAUACUAACAGCAGGUUUCAAGAAGUGUUGAAAUUGAUCAAAACUAAACUCAUUAUGACAUGGUCACUCCUGUUUUCCUUCAAAAUAAGCAGUUGGUAUGUGUGUGUGUGUGUGUGUGUAUGGGGGGGGGGUAUUUUCUUUACUUUGAACUUUCAUUGGUUCAUUGUGAUAAUUUCACUUACUCUGAUUGGCAUUUAUGGUUACUUCUGUGUUGGUCACAUGACACUCAAUCAUAAUGUGCUCUAAUCUUUUCCAUGUGUUAAGUUAUACUGGAUUUGAUUGCUUCAUUUUUAAUUUGCCACUUUUUUUCUAUAGUUUGUUCCAAUGCCUGUUCUUUUUGGUCUCUUCUUCUACAUGGGAUUCUCAGCCCUUAGGGGACUGCAGGUUAGUGCCAACCUGUGCCUAUUGAUUAAAUGUACUGGGAGAUGCAUGAAGUAGUGGCUGUUUAUUGUUAGGAGAACCUGAAGACAUGGACAAUUCAGGGAUACUCAUGAAUUGUUGGGAAAAUGUAAAUAGUGCUGUAAUUUAAGGACUAGUUACAGCUUGCUGAGGACAAAACUGAAAGGAAUCUGUGGUGGCACCCCUAAAUACUCAAGGAGAAAUUCAGGUUUUGGUUCUUGAUAAUGGACCAACAAAAAUACUGGGAGGAUUCGUGUAGUAGAAUGCCAACCUUGUUAAAAACGCUUAAGGGAGUGUGAGACUCCGUAAUUGAUUCCCACCCUCAUAAAAAUGCAGAGUCUACAGGGUGUCUUCUAGUGGACCAAAAACCUCAUUAAAAUGCUGAGGGGGAGAUGUUGUUUACCAAACAAAUUUUGAAAAAGAUGUGUGUAGCUUAAAGGUAUAAACUAAAAUACCACUUAAGAGGUCAUAGUCAUAUUCUUGAGAUAUUUGGUCACCAAAUCGUUAGAUUAUUUACUGAUGCAAUUCUUCUUUUGGCCAACAGUUCUUUGAUAGGUUAAAGAUCAUGUUUAUGCCUGUGAAGCAUCAACCUGAUCUGAUGUUCCUGCGACAAAUUCCUCUCAAGAGAAUCCAUAUCUUUACACUGAUUCAGCUAUUCUGUUUGGCUGUACUGUGGAUCAUCAAAUCCACCGAUGCUGCCUUGAUCUUCCCUGUUAUGGUUUGUACUUGCUUUAUGCAUAUAAAAUGAAAAACUUUUUUAUCAGUAGAUGAAAGAGUAUGUACCACCAAUUUAUAAUUUUCUUACUAUUUUAGUAUAUUGAUGUGCUCUGUCCAAGGGGUUAGGAUUGUGAAUGAGGCGAUAUGAUAUUUAACAAAUAUUGUAAACCUAGUUAUUUGUGAUGUAAAUCACCUUUCUCUUUUUGCAUGGUGAUUAAAAUUUGCAUUGCAUUGUCAGUGUUGUAAUGUUGUCAUACGUCUGUUAGUUAGUAGGUCACAGAUGACGUCAAAAUGUGGUAACCUUAAAAAAAGUGGCACACAAGGGGCAGCCAAGUUUGUCUCUGAUGUUACCGAAUUUUGAUGUCUUCUAUUACUUAAGAGACCCACUGCAACAUGGUCAAGUGCUUCUUUUUUUAGGAACCAUUUUUUCACAUGUUUUGGCUGCUAUAAAAGACUCUCUGAAAACCUUUCCAUUUGGUUAACAGGUAUUGAUGUUGGUUGCUGUACGUAAAGUCAUGGAGAAGAUUUUCAACCUCCAUGAACUUGAAGUGUUGGAUGACUUGAUGCCAGAGAGCAUCAAAAAGAAGCAAGCUGAUGAGGCAGCAAAAAAGAAGGAUGAUGACUAUGAUUCUGAUGAGGAUGAAUAUGAUGAGGACGGUUUUAAUCAUUGUGAUGAAACUGAUGGCAAAAAGGUGAAUAUAAGCUAAUCUUUACAUAGUGGUGUAUAUGGUGUAAGUUUUGCAUGAUAUCAUCUUUUCCAUGUAAGUCACCCUUGGUAAUUCAUGUAUUUUGAAGAAGAUUGUGCUCUAAGUAUUGAUUAGUCUCGGUGGAGCCAGUAAAAGCCAAGCCUACUUUUUGCAUGGGUUCAUGAUGUACCUGUUUUGUGAAUUUGAUAUUAAACUCCUCCCUAUCCUUGUAAGGUAGACAGCUGUGCUGCUGGUAAUGGUGCUGUGUAUUAGUGCUGUGUUUCUGCUCUUGCAAAUUUCUCUCAGUAAAGCUGAUAGUGUUUACUGUGUAGAUUGAGAGUCUCAAAUUCCUUUAUAUGCUAAUCCUGUUGAAAAAACUACCACACUUUAGUGAUGGUGAUUGGUGCUUUUGGUAGUUAUCGAAGACCAUCUUGACCUGAUUUGUUUACCUGUAGACGUGCAAAGAAUCUGUGUGUGUGACAGUUGAUUUCCAUUUUGACUUAUUUUCUCUGUAUACAAGGCAAAGCAACAAUUGGUUUCAUGCUUAAGUAAGCAAUGGGAAAAAAGAGAACCUUUCAUUUUGAAUAUUUACAGAUGUAAAAUUACUUGUUCUCCAUGAUUAAAACUCAAAGAUGAAAAUCAAAAAUGAACUAAGACCUGCGACAUUUCCUUCUGUUGGACAUUGGGACUGAAGGAUUUAAAAGUUUGUUUGUGAUGCGUUUCCCUGUUCAGUAAAUUCUACAUUUUAAACCUUUUUUCAGGCCCUCGCUGAUGGAAAGGAGUUAAAUGGCACUGCAAAUGUUGUAGCACCAAUGAAUAUCUCAGAGGAGAUGUGCAGGAGCUCACUGUGGAAACAGUUUGUCAAGGAUGGAACAACAGCAAAAAGCAGAAAAGGCAAACCUGGUGACAAAUCCAAGCAUAAACACAAACACCAUCACAAAAAUAGGCACCAUCGUCAUAAGAGAGAUCGUGAAGGAUCAGCUGACGAAGAGGGACUGUGGAUGCUUGAAAAGAAGAAGGAAAAUGGUGAAGAUGCAGGAAGUGAUGUCGAAAUGGGAAGAAAGCUUUCUACAAUAAAUGAGGACAAGCAAGAUAUUGUUAUUGACAUGGAGGAGAUACAGAAAUCAUUACUUGAGUUGAAUGAAAUUGGCAGCACUGUAGCUGGUGAAGGAGAUGACAAGCAAACUCCUGGUGAUGCGGAAAAUCCUGUUUAGAUUGUUUCUUGCAUGAAUUCUGGCAUUCAUUUAAUGCCAGUAUUGUUGGUCACAUGACAACAUAUUAGUACGCAUACAUGAUUAAAAGGCAGGUUCAAUUGCAUAAAAUGGCACACUUUGAGGUUGAAAUAGACAGCAGCAACCCAAUGUAUUUAAUUAGUAUCUCCAGUAACAGACAUAAGUUGAAGUGCAUGCAUGCAACGGUGAAUUUUCAAUUUUAUAAAAUUUUAAAACUCCAGAUUUCUCUUUGGACGUGGCAAUGUUUAUUGACUGCAUUAAUUGAUGAAAAAAUUCUGAUUUUUAAUUGAAGGCUGUAUUCAAACAUAAAGGUGAAAAAGCUGUAUAGGAAAGAGAUCUUUUGAUGAGACAAGUCAUGUGUGGUUAAAAAAUCCAUGAGAUCUGUUCUAAGAGUUGGAAUUGAAUAAGAACUCCCUGGGAAAUUUAAUUAUCUGUUGAAAAAGAUUUUGACAUUUGG